AUGAGAAUGGUCUCCUCUCUUAAUGUUGAUUUAAUUGGGCACCAUGAGAGAUUGUGUGAGUACAAGAAAGAUGAUCUCCAGAGGAAUGUGGUCAAAUCAGGGCAGUUUGGGGAUUGGUUAAGAGGUCCAAUUGGGGACAUUUGGGAGGGUAGAGAGAGGAAAUCAUUGAGUACCCAAAGUCCUAAUCCUAAUUUUGAGUCUAGUAAAGGUGUGAGUGGGGAGGGAGAGAAAGCAAGCCCUAGUGGAACAAUGGGGGGUAAGGAGUCUAGAGGUAGCAAAUCCCCUAUACAAGGAAAUGUAAAUGCAGUAGAUGAGGAUAUUGUCAAGUCAGUAGAAUUAGUUAGGGACGGGCAGAGUCAGGGACAGGAAAGGAAGGAGAGUGAUGUGGGAGGGAAUCAGGGAGCUGAGAUAGUUGCUAUGGUAAGUGAGGAUAUAGGUGAAAAUGUGUUUGAAGAUUACAAUUUGAUAGAUGUAACUGUCCAGCAAGAGGAGCAUAAGAGUGCUAAAAAUAAAAAUCAGAGAAAUUUCAUUAGGAUAGCUAGGAGUAAGGGUGUGUCUGGUAGUGAAAAAGGGAUGGGAGGGGAUAGCAGUGGGCAUGUUGUUAAGGGAGGGGAUGUAGGAUUUAAAAGAAAAUCUAGUGGGGUAGAUUCAGAGAGACUUUCACCCGAGGAAGGAAAUAAUUGA